UCGUCCCGAUCAAUUUUACUGUUUUCCUGCUCUUCGAAGUUUAAAUACGCCUCCUGUUUCCGAGUUUUCUGCUAAAUGUGACUGCUUCUAGUUCAGAAAAGGGAGAAAAAGCUUCGGAUAAAAUAAAAUGUCUGAUUUCGAAAUGUUUGACGGUGAGAUGGUGAACCAUGUUGCGACGGAAGAGGAUCCGGCUGCCGAUUUUCUUGCCAGAGAACAGGAUGAGUUGGCCGGACUUGAAGACGAUACCUUAGGCCUAGGGACAGCCCAAAAUUCUGCACCUUCUGAUUUUCCCGACGAGACGUUCGGAUCGCAGAACUCGUUACAUGAGCAUUUAAAUGGUCCCAGCGAAGGCCUACCCCCAACACAGCAGAGGACCCCUGUGCAGCGAGAGGAACCUCAGAAAAUCAAGCUCUGGAGGGAGGAGCAACUCAAGAUGCUUCAAGUCAAAGAUGAGGAAGAAGAGAAAAAGAAGCUAGAACUGCAGGAAUCUGCGAAGAAAGAAAUGGAAGAUUGGUAUGCUCGAUACAAGGAGCAGAUUGAAAAGGCCAAAUUAAACAAUAGGGAGGAAUCGAAGAGCGCCGAAAGAGAGUGGGUGUCCGAGAGGGAUGCAGAGUCCCCGGGACAGGAGUGGGAACGCAUUGCUCGCCUCUGCGACUUCAACCCCAAGGCCUCCAGGUCCACCAAGGAUACUUCCCGCAUGAGAUCCAUCAUCCUGCAGCUCAAGCAGUCGCCCAUCAGCACCAUGCAGCGCAAGGCUUGAACUUCAUCGCAGAGUCCCAGCGUUUCGUCUCUCUCUCUCGCCGAAAUCGUGUUUCCUCGGUUCUGUGGGGACCUUCGUUCUCGUUCAAUAUCUCGGGCGACGGGAAGACUUCCCGUGAGCAGUUACGUUAAAAUAUGAAACGGAUUAUUAAAGAAAUGUAGUAUUCUUCAGAAAAUGAAUUGUUCCUUAAGUUAUUUUCAUGUUGUUACGUAUUUCUAAUUUGGAAAAAAAAAACAUUAAUUAAGACAACAUUAACAUUAAAAACAUUAAGACUUCCUGUGAGCAGUUACGUUAAAAUAUGAAACUGGAAACGUACAGAUUAUUAUAGAAAUGUAGUAUUCUUCAGGAAAUGAAUUGUUCCGUAAGUUAUUUUCAUGUUGUUACGUAUUUCUAAUUUGAAAAAAAAAAAAAAAACAUUUAUUAAGACAACAUUAACAUUUAAAACAUUAAGACUUCCCGUGAGCAGUUACGUUAAAAUAUGAAACUGAAAACGUACGGAUUAUUAAAGAAAUGUAGUAUUCUUCAGGAAAUGAAUUGUUCCGUAAGUUAUUUUCAUGUUGUUACGUAUUUCUAAUUUGGAAAAAAAAACAUUAAUUAAGACAACAUUAAAAACAUUAAUUAAUUAAGACUUCCUGUGAGCAGUUACGUUAAAAUAUGAAACUGAAAACGUACGGAUUAGUAAAGAAAUGUAGUAUUCUUCAGAAAAUGAAUUGUUCCUUGAGUUAUUUUCAUGUUGUUACGUGUUUCUAAUUUGAAAAAAAAAACAUUAAGACAACAUUAACAUUAAAAACAUUAAUUAAGACUUCCUGUGAGCAGUUACGUUAAAAUAUGAAACUGAAAACGUACGGAUUAGUAAAGAAAUGUAGUAUUCUUCAGAAAAUGAAUUGUUCCUUAAGUUAUUUUCAUGUUACGUAUUUCUAAUUUGAAAAAAAAAAACAUUAAUUAAGAGAAACUUUUGAAAAUUUAACUCUGGAAAACCCCUAACACUAUGACAAACGGUUUGAAGGGUCAUUUCACGGUAAUUUAGACAUUUAUGUCGAGUCCGUAACGUGACCUUCUUUUGCCAUAACUUUUUAAUUUACUGUUUGAUUAGCUUAUUAUUUUAUCUUGAGCUUUUCCUACCAACACACCAACUCAAAUUAAAAUAAUUUGCAAAUCAAACAGUAAAUUAAAUAGUUAUUGAACAAAGGUCACGUGAUGGACUCUACAUAAAUGUCAAAAAUACCGUGAAAUGACCCUGAAACGAAAAGUCUCUCCAUUGUGGUUCACAGAUGUUACCUUUUUUUUUUCUUUUUCGUAGGCCACCAGGCUGCGCAAGGCAGGCAUUCCAACCACAGGGUUCGUACGCUCCUUCAAAACUCCUCCAAUACUCCUUCAUUUAGGAGAUUUUUCGAGGGGCCCUUCAAACUCCUUCAUUUUGGUUUUAACUCCUUCUUUUUUAGUUCAAGACUACAUAACGUUCCCUUAUCACAGUAACUAAAAAUACUUUGAUCGACAACUUAACUUCGUAACAAGAGUGAAGGUAUAAGGGCAGUUUCAAUGUAAUAAUUUUGUUUAUUUUUUAAGUUGUGAUUUACAAAUUAAUCCUAGAAAUUGUAAAAGUUGUAGGUGAAAAUAUUAUUAGAUGGACAUUUCAUAAGUGAAGUAAAACAUGCUUAAAUGGUGCUUGGCUAUUUUUUCAAGUUUUGUGAUUAAUUUACCCUCCACCACACUCUCAUUAGCAAAAGUCAGGUUGAAUAAUUAUUAUUUAAAUUUUUAAAAAUACAUAAGUAGAUGUACUUCAUUAAGUGAUUGUGUCAAAAGAACAAUUGUUUAGUAAAUCACAGUUGUAAUAUUGUAAAAAGGUCAUCCACAAGUGAUGUCAUGCCUUGAGGAGGAGACGGGCUCAUGAAAUUGUGACAAGGGGAAGAGAUAGGACAUUAAGUAACAUCACACAGUUAUUGUAACAAUAUGUUUAUGAAAAAUAUGACGUGUGACAAGAGGAGGAGUAGGUGAAGUGUGAUACAUAGUGACCAAAGGGGGGUCAAAUAUGUAAAAAAAGUGCUACAUCAUUUAAUGAUAGUCCAUCGAUACUCCUUCAAAAUCUCAUUUUAUUUCUUCAAAACUCCUUCAUUUUAUUUCUGAAAUUGAGUACGAACCCUGAAUCAAUUGAAUUUGGAGUUGAAAUAGUGUUUGUCUUUCUUUUCUAAAACCGUUUCUCUCUGUCCUCUUGAGACGCAACUCGGCCAAUUCUUAAAAUGACUUCUCUCUUUCAUUCCCUCUCGAAUGUCUAUCCAGACACGAAUCAGGUGGGCUUUGUGGCCCAUUCUCAAAAAUCCUGUGUCCUGGAAAUGGCCCCCUUUGAAAAACUCUAACGCAAAAGCAGCCCCUUUGCAAAAUUUUACAUCUUAAAAGUAGUCUUUUCAUUAAGUUUCAUUCUAAAGAAGACUUCAGCUGGAAAAUACUCCGAAAUGCUGACUUUUUUCUCCCUAGGAGUAGUUUUAAUGUAAUAAAAUUGAAAACAAAAUGUUCUAAUAAUGUUGUAACACUAGUGUAACAGUUUGACUAUGGAUUAUAAAAGGAAUGUAAUUAAUCAUUGAAGAAUAUUCUUCCAAACAUUAUUUUUUUUUUUUUUUUUUUUUUUUUUAGUUUGCAUUAUUGUACAUUAGCAAAGCUCUAAGCAUUUGAAGAAAAAAGUAUAGAAUGAAAAUAAUAUUUCUUAAAAUCUAACUCGAGUACCAAAAAAAUAGAAGAGUAUAAGAUUUAAAAGGAUGAAAGGAUGCGUGUUUAAAAAAAUAUAUUUUUUAAUUAACUCCUAAGCCAAAAAAGAUGAUUCAAGUGUUAACUCGAAACAAAGCAUCUCACCAUUAUGAUGCACAGAUGUUGCCCCUUUUUUUGGUAAGAUUUAUAACAAAUGUAUUAACUUUAAUGCAGUUUUACAGAAACAUAGAUGUCUAAAACAAGAUUCACUGCUGGCAGUACAUUGUUCUACAGUUUAGGCUACAGUAUCCUAAUAUCUUCACGUUUUUUUUUUUUUACACAAAGGAAAAAAUGUAUGCCUUAAAUGUUUUCAUUUGUUCUGUUAUCUAUGUAAAGUAAUAUUUUAUUUCAUAUAUCAUUAUUUGUGAAGUAUGUUUUGACCAGUGAAAUCAAUAUUAAAGAUUUUAUUG